AGUAGCAGCAGUAGUAGCAGUAGUAGCAGCAGCAGCAGUAGUAGUUCGGAGCCGCCGGGCCCAGUUCCGGGCUCCAGCCACAGUGCCAGCAGUCAGACGCCUCUCGUAGGUUUGAACCUCCGCCCCCCGCGCACUCCCCCGGACCAAGCCUCCAUACAGACCAGCAUGGACAAGAACAAAGAGACGUUAAAGCGGAAGUUGAUGCUUCGGCGGUCAGUGAAUGAGUUGGUGGACCGGGGCAUCUAUCCACACCGGCGACCUCCUGAGACACAAGAUACAGCACAGGCCGGACCGACAGUCCCUGGUGCAGCAGCAUAUUCUAGAAGACACGACGAUUGACCCAUCUCUCCAUGAGCGCCAACGUCUGCUCAAGCGCUCGCGUCUCCUGGAUGGCCUUAACGACAAGCUCGCUCACCGGCCCGGCCCUCUGGAGCUGGUGCAAGGGAACAUACUACAGCCGGCCAACGAAUUGGUCAACGCUAUCAAAGAUGGGACCCUGCAGUUCGUGCCCACGUGUGACGGGAUGGAGACGGACCAGGCGGGCCAGUUCCCGCAGGACGAGGAGAGCGCGGGCAGCGAGGGGGCGCCGUCCCCCUCGGUGGAAGAGUCCUCCGGCCUGUCCGACGUGAGCAGCCCCAGCUCCGCCCCGCCCUUCCCGCCCUCCGAGCCCUCCUUCCCGCUGUCCUUCACCUUCGCCAAGAGCAUCUCCAUCCCUGUGAUCACCCAGAAGCCCUUGCAGAUGCCCGUUGUCUCCCCGCCCUCCGUUAUAGCCGCGGCGGUGGCCAACGCCUCGGCGACCAGUCCGAAAUCGUCCAUCAGCCUCCCCGGGACCAGUGCUGGAGUCUCGUCUGUCACGUCUCCUAGCAACAACAAUAACAAUAAUAACAGCAGUAGCAGCAGCAGCGGCAGCAGUAAGUCGCGGUCGAAGAAAGCAAAGCCCAAGACGACGUCUAAGGCAAGGAUCAUCAAGUUCCACGAAUACAAAGGACCCCCGUCGGUGGUCAAGAGUCAGACUAGCACAGUGACCACUGGCACGACCAGCACCACCGCUGCUGCGGCUCCCGUGGUGAGACCCACUCAGUCGGUCGCCCCGCGGCCCUCCGCCAAAGCGCUCACGUCCAUCCCAGCUAGUGCCUUGAGCCUGCCCAAACUGACGGGCAACCUGGAGGAGAUGAAGGUGGCGGACCUGAAGGCGGAGCUGAAGAAGCGAAGUCUCCCCGUGUCUGGGCCCAAGCCACAGCUCAUAGAGAGGCUCAAACCCUUCACGGACACCUCGUCCGCCGCCAGUAGUCCUGCUCCGAGCCACGCCAUGGCUGUCAAGACCAACGGUUCCCGGCCGCCCUCGCGGGUCUCCACCCCGCUACAGUUUAGCCAGACCACGUUCCACAUCAAGACUGAGCCCAACGGGGAGGUGGUCGCCUCGCCCAUCACGCGACCCAUCCCAUCCACUACAGCCUCCUCCUCCUUCCCGUCCUCCUCCUCCCUCCUCUCCUCCGUGUUCUCCCAGUCGUCCGCUCUGAGCUCCUCUGCCUUCUCCGUUCCCGUCACGCUACCUCUCAGCAGCCAGGGUCUGAAGACAGUGGUCAGUGUGAAGCCAAUGGUCAAAGAGGAGCCGAUGGCAACGGGUGACGCCUCCUCCCCUCCCUGCUCCCCACCCACCCUCCUGGCCCCCACCCCCGGGCCCUCCACCCCCAUGAGUCCGGACUUCAACGCCGCCUCUCCCCCAAACCUCACCCCGAAACUGGGCACCCCCAGCCCCGUGGCUCCGCACAGUCUCCUCAAAGCUCAGAGUAUGCCCGGCGGCCAGGUGAUCCUGAACACAAGUCCCUCCACCAACUCGCUCACGCUGGGCCACCAGACGGUGGUGUCCAUGAACACGGACCUGUCCAGACCCGCGUCCACCGUGCCGGCCGAGAUGACCCCGAUGGAGGUGGACUCUGUGUCCGUUGACCUCAAUCAGGGCGUAGACGACACGGCCUUCAAAGCGGCCAGUCUGGGCCAAAGUCUAGACGCCUCCACCUUCAAAGCAUUGGUCCAGCCCAUGACCAGCGGCGGGAACGGCGGGGCCUUCAAGACCAUCACGCUCAACCCCAGCUCCGUGGACGCCGCGGGCGGUCUGAAGACCGUCAACAUCAACACCACGACUCUGGACAACUCGGGCGUGAAGACCAUCAACCUGAGCCCCAACCUGGACGGCACGGCCACCAUCAAAACGAUCAACCUCAGCCCCAGCACCGACCUGGGCACCAUCAAAACCAUCAACCUGGGCUCGGCGCCCGACGGCAGCCCCAUCAAGACGCUCAGCCUCAGCCCCAGCGUGGAUGGUUCGGGGUUCAAAACCAUCAGCGUGGCCCCGGCGGCGGACGGGAGCGGUACCCUCCGGACGGUCAAGGUUCCGCUGUCGCAGCUGUCCCCCAGCCACGUGUCUCCGGUACAGUUCACGGCUCCUCUCGCGCAAACGCUCUCCUCGCCCGCCUCCCUCCUCCAGCUCCAACAGUUGCAACAGCUCCAGACCUUACAGCAGCUCCAACAACAGCUGCUCCAGCAGACCCAGGCUCAGCAGCAGCUGCAGCAGCAGCAGCACCACCUGCAGCAGCAGCAGCAACAGCACGGGGGCGGCUCGACGGGUGUCACUCCGUCGCCCCAGCAGCUGCAGAUGUCCAACAACGACCAGGUGGUCCUAGCUCAGGCCAAGCAGAUAGAGGAGCUGCAGAGGCAGCUGCAGGAGUCGCACCUCAAGCUCAAACUGCAGCAACUGCAGCAACAGCAGCUGCAACUACAACAACAGCAGCAGCAGCAGCAACAACAACAGCAGCAGCAGCAACAACAACAACAACAGCAACAGCAGCAGCAGUUGUGGCAAGUGAGGAUUCCCUCGAAUCUUGCUCAGAACCCUGUAUUGACCAAAUUCUCUCAAGACCAGCUGACCUUGACCCCUCAGCUGGGCCAGGUCAUGGCGGCCGCAGCCCCGCUACAGCUGCAACAGCAGUCGGCGACGCUCAUCGCGCAGCAGCCGGUGAUGCAGCAAACAGCCCAACAACAACAGCAGCAGCAGCAACAGCAGCAGCAUCAGCAGGCGUCACUGAUUAUGAGUGGGCAGUCAGUUCAGCCGAACCCUCUGAUUGUCUCAGGAGUGGCCCAGGCCCAGCUACAACAGCAGCAAGUGGCGGCCUCCGCAGUCAUCUCCAGCACGGCUGCUCAUGGCAACAACACCACCACAGCUUCCAUCGCCUCUCUCGCUACCAACAACAACAACAACAACAACAACAACAACAGCAGUAGUGGCAACAGCAUUCUGGACAACAACAACAGCAGCAACAACAACAACAAUAGCAGUCUGACAGGGGUGGCGGGCAGCGCUCAGGGUUUGAAAGCCCAGCCCCCUGUGUCCUUACCGUACGCUAUCCACAUCAACUUGACCAGCUCGGGCCAGGUGAAGCUGCCUCCACAGCUGCAGCCAAUCACAACGUCCACCUCGGCCGCCGGAACCACGGCCACCUCCAAGCCCUCAGCCAUGCCGCCGCUUCAGAUCCCGGCCCAGCUGUUGCUCAACGCGGCCGCCACAUCGGCAGGAGUCAUCUCCGCGGGGGAGAAGUUGGUCACCGCCGUCAAAUCGGAGGCGGGCACGGUCGGCCAGACGUGGAUCAAGUCGGAGCCGAUGGUGGUCACUCAGGCAAUGGGCCCCCCAUCCAGCACCUGUGUGCCCAAGUCACAGGUGACCACCGGUCAACCUUUCGUGUUCACAGCCACCCCUGCAUCUACCAGCGUGGUGCCAGGCCACACCAAUGGUUUGAUAGCCAGGACGUCCUCUCUGCCCAGCUCCCCGAUGGAGACAAGUCAGAAGCUGGGCGUGAGCCGCUGCUCCUCCAACCCGUUCUUCCCGUCACCCAUGAAGGAGCCGCCACGCUACGACGAGGCCAUCAAGAUCAAACAUCACCAGACCACUCCCUCGAUAUCUGGCACUGGCAAGAGGUCCAAGUCUCCGGCUACCAGCACAACCAACAGCAACAACAACAACAACAGCACGGGGAACGGUAGCACGGUGAGAGGCCUCAAUAAAUCGGCGGUGACCCUGCGUGGCGUUGACGUGGACAUCAAGUCACAGACCAUGGAUGACGUCCUGGAGAUUCUCAUCCGCAACGGAGAGUUGCCCCCCUGCGCAGCCACCCAAGCGUUGCCGCCGCCUAAAUGUACCCAGACCCCGGACAGCUCAGGCACCACGUCUAUGCCGUCCUCCACCAGCCCAGCGACUGUCACGUCAGGUCCUGCCCUGGUCAUGUCCACCAUGUGUAGCCCAGGACAGCCACAGCAGCAGCAGACAGCACUGUCGCUGUUACAGAGCUCAAGCCCUCACGGUUCCCCAGCGUCUACCUCUCAGCAGCCGGGCCUCAGCAGUAGUGUGGGGAGCAACUUCAGCGGCAGCGCUGGGAGUCCGCGGGACCACGCCCUGGCAGCGCUCCACGCCCCGACCACCAUCAUGUUCCCCGACACCUUCCUCAGCGAGACCCAGCAGCCACAUCCCUCCUCCCCCUCCUCCUCCUCAGCAACGGACCUCGGAACCCCUUCCACCUCAGCUGCUCUCAGCCUCAACGAAGGGACCUCGCAUGGGGAUGCCAGCGAGCUGCUUGACUGGAGCACCAUGCUGCCCUCCCCCGAUCUCUCUCAGAUGGACUGGUCCCACGACCCGGGCUUUGGCCAUUUGGAUCUCGGCGAUCCAGGUCUCAGUUUAGACUCGAAAAUGUCGGACGCUUUCGCCCCGAGCGCUGGUCCGUCCGGCUCAGGAGCGGGGGGCUUCGGCACCGGGUUUGGCCUUGAGCAGAUGGCGUGUCUGCCCCCGGCCAAUGGCUCGGCCUCCACAGCUCCGGGCAGCAGCAACAACAGCACGGGUCUCCGCACGCCCAGCGUUCACGGGUCGGAGCCCGACUUGACGGCCUUAGGGCUGGGCGGAGACUCGAGCGAAGCCGUGGACCCCGCCACACAGAUGGACAUGUCGGACUGGCUGGACGUUAUCAUGCCAAACGCCAGUUUCGCCAGCGUCUCCACGCCCAUGACCUUUAAUCCGGCCUCCAGUUCCAGCAGCGGUGGCGGCCAUUACAGCCACACCACGGACCCUAUCUUGACCCCGCGCACGCAGCAGGAGGUCUUUGACAUUUUCAACUUCGAUGACCCGGACUUUGGGCCUUCAGCCAUGAGUUGGGACAAGGUAGUGGAACAGGGAACAUCCAGCUAGCAGUUCCCCGCACACCUAGACAAUGUUCAACGUCGCUCUUGGAACGUUUUUGCUUGACAUUAGACUUGACUUGCACAGUUAAUGGAAUGUUUGUCUUUGUCAUGGUUAUAAGAUACUGCCUUUCGCCACCCAAAGUUCCCCUUUUCCUGUCGAGACCGUGUUUUGAAAUAGAGGCUAGUUUUGCUCUCUCUUCGAGUAUUAAAGAAUGUCUUUCAUCUCAGUGUCCUGAUGGGGGGCACUGGUCUUAAGAUUUCUCUGGAAGUUCAAUAUAUCAGAUUGUCUUGUCGAUAUAUCUCGCUGUCUUGAUCUGCCACAAGUCUGAAGCUCUGCGUUCUCUGUCGAUAAUACUCUUCCCGUUUGGUCGAAAUUUGCAGAAGUAAUGUACAUCUUUUUAGAUUGUACGAGAUAUAACACUUUGCAGAAGGACAGUUUUUGCAAUCCAAUUUUGCUGAGAAAUUAUUCUAAUGAACACUGUCAUCUUUCGUGUCCUUGUGAUAAUUUGUCAACCAGUGAAAACAUUUUUGACAAAUUAUAACCUGGGUUGAAAAGGGAAGUUUUCGCAUGGCUUCUAAUCUUUGGAGGGAAGAAAAUGUAUUCUUGGUUACUGUCCUGAGAUUUUUUCCCUUGGGUCUUGUUAGCUUUGUGCUUUGCUGGGUUUGAAUUUGAUUCAAAAUGAAAGUAUCUUGGGAGGGGAAGACAGAGUCAGAUGGAACCUCUCAUUUUGUUUUCUUCUACCGAGAUCUUACUUAAUUUUCUUCUCUUAACUAACAUUUCUUUGAAUCCUGAACUGUGUUUUAUUCAUUCAAAGGGCUAAUUUCUCCUACCUUUGCCAUAAUGUGGGACUACUUCAUCGCUUCAUUCUCACUACUCAUCUUCUUCACAAGCCUUGAACUUCCUCCUCCCACCCCUACCCUCCCCCCUCCUCCCCACCCUCACUUCCUUUCCCACCACCUUCCUCCCACCCCAUCUUUGACCAAAUCUGUGAUUUUUCCAGUUGGACCAAGUGCCUGUUUUUCCCUGUGUACAAUCAACUAUGACAAUUCUUUAUCUAAUGCCAAGAACUGGUGUGUCAGCCCCUCGGCUCGGGCACGCACGCACUCUGAGGACACGGAUGUGCUGGUCACGACACAACACACGUGCAGUUUAUUAGUGCUUCUGGACAACACGUGUAGUUGACAGAUUCUGCCGGCGUGAUGCUGGCCUGAGCUGAAUUCAGAUUCGGUGACAAGUUUUAUUUUUAGAUUUUGAUUAUUGGAACUGAUGACGGUAUGUGCUGUGGCUGAGUCGCCUGAGCUGGGCGGUGCCGCGUGUCGGAGCACGCACAUGAGCACACGCUUGGAUGUUCUAAGCAGUGGCACGUGUUGACAGUCCUGUACACCGACUGCUGUGUGUGCUAAAUCUUGUGAAUACAUGUUGGGCAGGAAAUGUUGGCAAAAGGGGAUGUGGUUCCUGCUGCAGUGCAUAAAAAAAAAACAAGCUGUUGUAUUUUUGAUGGGAUGUUGGGGGUGUUUUGUUUUGUUUUGUUAUGGCGGGAAGGGGGAGUAAUUGUUUUACAUGGUUGAGAAUACAAAAUUCUAAUGAGACUGUAGCAUUUACAUCAGUGUAAAUCGUGCUUCAGUUAACUGCAUCUGAAGUCAUGCUGGUGAAUUGUUGGAGAUUUAUGAUGAUGAUGCGUUUCUCCAUCGUUUGCACACACAGGGCCACAUCUGCCUUUGUUUUUUCUGUCAAGGUGUCAUGCCGUCCCGACACUGGGAUGGGGGUUCUAUUUCCCGCCAGUCUGUCCGGUAUGCGCUCUUUGUCGGUCAGUGCAGCACACGACCAUGUUUGCAUUUAUGUUGUCAUAAUGAAAAUAAUAAAGGAGGCGGGGUUCAGCUCACAGAAAAGAAAAAAAAGACUGACGUUGUUAAAUGUUCGGAUUGUCAUUUUGUGAAACAUGUCUUCUUGGGUUCAUGAAUUGUUCAAUUCAUGAAGGAUGUUGAAAUUAGAGAAUUGUUAGUUGGCUUUCUGAGAGUGUUUCUUCGGGCAGAUUUUCUUGUUUUCAGAACUCUAACUUUCAUUUUGUACUUUUAUCUAUGUAUGUUUGAAAUAACAAGUGUUUCUCUUUUUAUGAAAAUACUUGAAAAAGGUUCUUGCUGCAGUUUUUCUUUGUAAAGAUGAACACAAUCAUUUUGUUUUUGAUCACACACCCAGCUUAAGAAGUGGUAAUGUAAUAUGAUGACGUGUGCUUUGUUAUUAAGCAUGUUUAGAUUUUGUUGAUAUGCAGUCGAAUCAAUUGAAUUUGCAGUGAUAGACUUAACCUAUGCCGCAUUCUAUUAUAAUGUGAAACUGAUCAAAAUCUGUGUUGGUGGAGUGGAUGAAUAUGUGGCAUUGUCUUGUGAUAAAGUGCUCAUGCUGUAUCUUUCAAUUGGUGUUUAGACGUUUGUUUUCUAGGUUUGCCUUUCGAUUGACUGACGUAGGUCGGUGGUGAGUGAGUGGAAAGGCUAUGGGGGCGUCUAUAGUGUCAGCAUAAUAACAUGUGUGCCAAGUGGUAGGUAGUGCUAGAGCUGUGACUGUGACCUGUAAGCUUGACCAAGGGUUAUUUGUGUCGUGUGACAAAGACCAGGGAGCAAGGUUACAUGAGAAAAUUAUGUGGCAACGAGGUGAAAUCAAGCACUCGUCAAAAUAGUGACAUCAAAGAAACAGGAAUUUUUCCCUCAGUUUCGUAAUUUUUAUCGAAUUUUUGUUUUUUUGUCUCAAUACCUUUAAUGUCCAUAUAAAGACACAUUUGCAUGUGAAUUUUACUGAAAUACAUUGAUAUAUGGCACAAACUAUGUUGUUUUUCAAUUUCCUAGGACUCUCAAGCUAUUGAAGUUACCAAACUUUGGUGGCCAUUUUCUCACUCAUUUUACCACUGAAACCAGGCAACCCCAUCUCCUUCUAUUUGCAAAUGUGUCAAUUUCAAUUCAUGAUAGAUGGGUGUUUUUGUCAUCGAAAGCAUGGCAAAUGAAUAGCUUUUAGAUGUACCAAAAUCUCCACUUGCCCACAAAUUGACGAGCGCCUGAUUCCACCGCCCAUGACACCAUUGUUCAGUAUGCAAGAGUGCUUAAAUGUUCAAGGCAUUUUGUAAAUGUUCGAAAGUGUAAGACAACUUUCAGAAAUGCUCAUUUUGACGAAUAAUGGCAAAAAUUUACCACUUUGUACCAAUUACGUAAAUUCAAUAAAAUUAUUUACAUAAGAUGAGAAAAAUUUAAGCUUUGCUGUCUAUGAUAUGAUUUCUGAAAUACCUUGUUUUUUUAUAAUCUAUGACAAUAGAAAAAAUUCUAUUUUCUACUUCAUCAUCAUAAUCAAGUGAAGAAUCUGAAUGACAGCUUGUACGUAGCUAAGGGAUUUUAGCAAUGACGGUGUGAAUGACGAAAUGUGUCCUUUUGUCUAUGAGCAGUGUUUGUGUAUUGUACCUAUUUAGUCGAGCGGGUGUACGUUGGCCUGCGCGGACUAUUUAGCCGUGUUCAAGAACCAGUUUGCCGUUUCUUGUUGCGUCUUCCUCAGACUGUUCCUGUCCGUGGAACUUUUGACUGUCGUUUGCUGUGCGAUAUCUCACUCUGUGCUGACCAAAUCUGACCAAAGAUAGACAUGAUGUUGAACAAGAACAAAACAAACUCUAAAGAUUGUGAAAUCUGAUGCACGGGGGGGGUUGUUCCCCUAAAUUUCAGUUGUUGGGGAAAAACAAGUUUGGGAAGAAUGAGGAUGUGUAUCUGUUGUUGCUGUUAUCCUUUUGUCGUAUAUAUAUAUACAUGUGCCCGGGAAACAAACAAAAAAACAACAA